GAGGUGUAAAGGUUUGGAUUGACAGGGAAGUCUACCAAUUGCUUAGCAUCUCAGAACGCCUUUAGAGGAUGAUUUGAUAUUUAGAAAUGAUUUUUGGUGCCCCGCCUACAUUUUGUUUCAACUGUACAGCACUUUCGCACAGACAUGGCGGCGGUGCGCUCCUUUCCGGUAACCAAGCUAGUCAUAUGCUUCUCGACGUGACGUAUCACGUGACGUCCUGAAUAGAGGAAGUUUUGAUGUGGGUGGAAAGUAGCUUCAUAACAAUUGAAUUUUUUAAUAGGUCAUGACUUCAGCAGUGGAGAGAACAGAUGAACUUGUCAGAGAAUACCUCAUGUACCGAGGAUUCACUAGUGCCCUCAGACAAAUGGACAUGGAGAUCAAAGCAGAUAAGGAUAAAGGUUUUAGGGUGGAUAAAAUCAUUGAACAAUUGCAGCACUUUGUACAGAGUUUUGAUCUUAUUGGUCUCCGAGAUUACUGGAGCUAUCUGGACAAACGCUUCUUUAGCAGGCUGGAGGAUGUCUACAGACCUACUGUAAACAAACUAAGAACGAGUCUAUUCCGCUAUUACCUUGUGUAUACUGUACAGUCAAAUCGCACUGAAAAAACACAAGAGUUCUUUCAGAAGCAAGCUCUGGAACUCCAGGGACAAUCUGAGUGGAGGGACUGGUUUGUUUUACCUUUCAUCAAGGACCCAGAACAGAAUCAGACUUUUUCAACUUAUUUCACCCGUCAAUGGGCAGAUACCUUCCUUGUUUCACUUCACAAUUUUCUUAGUGUUCUCUUCCAGUGUAUGCCUAUUCCAGUUUUGCUCAGUUUUGACAGAGAAGUACAACGGAAUGUUGCCAUUUUUGAAGAAAAUGAAAUGCUUCGACAAAUGGUGUUCGCUCUGCAGGCAGAUCAGACCCGAUUGCGAAAGGAGGAGGAACAUCUGCAUCAUAGGCUUCCAUCCUAUGUACAAAAUAUGGAUCGUCUGGCUGACACUGAGCUGGACCUGAUAUCUAGUCAGAGGAACUCUAAUUUGGCAACUCAGUCUCGAGGAGGAUUCUUCUCUUUGCUCUCACAAAAUAAACGGACAACAGCCAAGACCCCUGUAGUUGCUGGGUCUUCACCAACACAGGCAAGUGUCUCAUCUGGGAGAAGAGACCCUGCAGUAAGCCAAACAUCAAAGCUGAAAGAUCCUGUGCCAUCAAGCAAAGAAUCUAAAAGUGUUUUAAGCAGCCCAGGUACAAAUGAACCAAUUUCAGCACCUUUGCGACAGAGACGCCUCCAAGACCAUGAGAAGGAAAGGAAAGAACUGCUUUCUAAGCCCUCUAUUCAGACUACUGAUAAGCGAGUGGAUAGCAUAGAUGGUGAAAUUCAUGUGGAUGGAAACUCUGAGCAGGUCGACAUGAUGUCCAAACAAACACGAGGCUGUGGUGAGGGAGGUGGCCGUACUGGGUCAAAUGAGCAGCCAUUCAUAAAGUUGAGUCAAGAGGAGUAUGCAGAGCAUCAUUCAUCCAUAAUGCACUGUAGAGUUGAUUGUUCUGGUAGAAGAGUGGCUAGUCUAGAUGUGGAUGGAGUAAUCAAAGUCUGGUCAUUUAACCCUCUUAUGCAGACAAAGGCAACAAUCAUGUCCAAAUCUCCUCUUCUAUCUCUAGAGUGGGCUUCUAAGCCAGACAGACUGUUGCUGCUUGGAAGUGGAGUUGGAACUGUUAGACUCUAUGACACUGAAGCCAAGAAGAACCUGUGUGAAAUGGCAAUAGAUGACAUACAUCCCAGAAUCUUGUCACUGGCUUGGAGUCCUAGUGGAACAUCAUUUGUUUGUUCUGCAGCUGCUCAUAGUCCUAGAUCGAGUGAUAACAUGAGUGGGUUAGGUCCUGCCCAAGGACGGCUUUUGUUGUGGGACACAAAAACUGUUAAACAGCAGCUACAGUUUUCACUGGUACCAGAGCCAGUUGCUAUAAACUGCACUGCUUUUAAUCAUAAUGGGAACUUGCUGGUAACUGGAGCUGCUGAUGGAAUCAUUCGACUGUUUGACAUGCAGAGGUAUGAAAGUGUAAUGAGCUGGAAGGCCCAUGAGGGGGAGGUAUACUCAGUGGAGUUUAGUUAUGAUGAAAAUACAGUUUUCAGUAUUGGAGAAGAUGGAAAGUUUAUCCAGUGGAAUAUUCAUCGCAGUGGAGUCAAGCAGUCAGAGUAUGUACUACCAUCUGAUGCUACAGGUCCUUUUAUCUUGUCGGGGUACAGUGGCUAUAAGCAAGUUCAGGUCCCACGUGGUCGACUAUUUGCCUUUGAUUCUGAAGGAAACUAUGUCCUCACAUGCUCCUCAAAUGGAGGUGUCAUCUAUAAGUUCAGUGAAGAGGAAAAGGGUUUGGAAAACAUCAUGGCACUCGGAGGGCACAAAGCCCCUGUUGUUACUGUUGACUGGUGUACUGCACUGGAUUGUGGGACAUGCUUGACUGCUUCCAUGGAUGGUAAAAUAAAACUGAGCACUUUACUAGCACAAAAGUCUUGCUGAAAAUAGUGUUAAAUUUUUAAAUGUGAAAUAUACAGGCAGAAGAAAAUCAGUGUGUACUAAAGAGACUAGUUCAUUAAUCAUUAAAAUGUUUUUAUGGUAUCAGUGUAAAAAAGCACAGGCAUUCGUCUCGAAAUACACAUAUACAUUGCAUCUCUAAACAAUUAUUCUAGAUCAGACUUUUAUAAUGAAGGUGUAAAUGAUCAUAAGUGUAUUGACUGAUGCAGUGUUUUCUCUGUUUAUUUUUCUUUUUUAUUUCCAGUGGCCUUUUCAUUUUUUUUUUUUUUUUUUUUUUUUUACAAAGAAAUCAUAAAACUUAGUAUUAAAUGUAUCUUAAGUUUAAAAAAAAUAUCACGUUCUCUGAGAGUCAGAAAUUUAUAUACAGGUUCUUCCUAUUUUAGGAUUUCAGUAUUUCAGUUUCAGUAUAUUUUGUGGUCCAAUCUGGUAAUGAAUUUUUAUUUAAUUUUUACAGUUGCCAUUGUGGCAAUAUACUGUUAUAAGGAUGACAAUAAAGUCAUGUCCAUAUUAGUUUAAUUUAUUAAAAUGGCUAAAUUAUAUUUAACAUGGUGCAGUAACUGUAUAUUUUUUUGCUGUUUUUGUAACACAAUCUGACCAUAUUAUUUGUAAUUAUGUACUUCUCCUAACCGAGAAUAAAAGAUGACCAAUGGAGUAUAGUGGAAUAAACACAAAAUCAUCAGAAAUGUAGGUAUAUGGGUUUAUGCUUGUGUUUUAGGGCUGUAUUGUAAUUUUUUUGGGGGGGGGGGGUUUGCAUCAAGAUAUACAAGCCCUGUGUCAUGCAUUCCUUUUCUCUGCAUUGUUAAUUCUGUUUGAAGUUACAUUAUGUAAUUAUACCUAAAACAUUCAA